GCUAUUUCACUUCUGAAGAGGUCACCUAUCCCGGCCUUGAGAACGGGAACGUCUUCGUCGCAACGCGGCUUGAUAUCACCCGCCAGCAGAGGGGUGUUUGUGAAGAUAAGCUGCUCCGCUGUGAGUCGGAUGCAGAUUGUCACGCUCAGGUGGACGGAAAAUGCUCUGAAAAAGGCUUUUGCAUUGAGCCUUCCUGGUGCGACUCAGAGGAGCAGGCAGAGAGCUACAAACUAGACGCGUCGGCUGAUCUGGCAAUCUGGGUGAAGAGUUCUAUACAGUUUGUGGGUAUGGCUCCGAACAAGAUCUGGUCUACAGAGGCAGACCAUGCCUAUCCGGAGCCAGGCUACAAUCUGUUCACGGUUCGCGAGCUUCUACUGCUCUGUGAGCCCACGCCUGUGAGGUUUGAGGAGAUUGCAAUGCUGGGUGCAGCCAUCGAAGUGUCCUUCGUCUGGAACUGCCACGUCAACAAUGACAAAUGCAAGCCCAGUGUGAAGGUUCGAAGGUUGGACACGCUCUUCGAGGAUGACCAUUUCGGCUAUUCUGUCACCUCAGCUGAGUAUGUCACAGACGAUGAGAGGUAUCGGAAGCAUGCCCAUGGCGUCAGAAUAUUCCUGAGAACAGUCGGCUCCGGACAUCGCCUUUCUGUCAUCAAGCUGGUGAUGAAGGCUUCAACAGCUGGCACGCUCCUCACGGUAGCGCCGCUCAUUGCAGACCUCCUCAUGCUCCAGGUUUUCGCUCUCAGUCGAAAGUACUUCGCGCGCAAGUACGAGGUCUCGCCGGACUUCAGCGAAUACAUGGAACAGCUCAUGGCCAAGAAGGAAGAACUGAGCCGCCUACCCGGGAUGCUGGCCGAGGACGAUGCCGCGGCGCUG